CAGGUGGAUUACCCGAUCCACGACGUCCUCCAGAUGAUGGGUCGCGCCAGCCGCCCCGGCGUUGACACGUCCGGCAUGUGCGUGCUGCUGACGCAGAACUCGAAGAAGGAGUAUUAUAAGAAGUUCAUCUACGAGCCGCUCCCUGUCGAGAGCCAUCUCGACCAGCGCAUGGCGGACCACAUGAACGCCGAGAUCGUGAUGAAGACGAUCGAGAAUAAGCAGGACGACGCCGUCGAUUGGCUCACGUGGACGUUCUACUACCGGAGGCUUUCCCAGAACCCGAACUAUUACGGGCUUCAGGGCGUGACGCACCAGCACCUGAGCGACCACCUGUCCGAGG